AUGAUUCUGAAAGUCUUGAUGUUGUUGGUGUGUGUUCAAUUGGUGGAUUUGUGUCGUUUGAGAUGUCGUGAAAGAGAAAAAUGUGAUGAUGGCUGGACAUAUUACAAACGGAAUACAUCUGGAUGGUGUAUGAAAGUGUUUGGGGGAAGUUUGAACAGGACACAAGCUAAAGCAGUGUGUUCUGAAGUUGGAGCUGUUAUGUCAUCAAUCGAUAACUCGACAAUGGCUAGUUUCAUUAGAAAUUUGACAAAUUCGGUGAGUGCUAGCAUGACUUGGCUUGGUGCAGAACUGAAAUCUGAAUGCCAAUGUGGAGAUUAUGCCUGUCCAGGAACUAAUGAUUGCGGCCCAAAUGGAUAUUAUUGGACUGAUGGUUUUACGACAUCGAAUGAUUACAUUACAAGUAAUUUGAUUCCAGCGACAGUACAAUAUUAUUGGAUACCGCUCGAAGGAGCCAUUCUUAUUAAAUCAGGUAAGUAACAAAAAAUGAGACAUACUGAAAUCACCGACAUUUUUUUAGGGAUGACCGCUUAUGGUUCUGAUGAUAUUGCAGAUUCCGUGAUUUGUGGAAAACAAUAUGUUAAUUGA